GCGUCAGAGGCGCGGACAGCCAAUUGCGGCGCGGCCGAGGCGAGCCCCGUCAGCCGCCAAUGUUGUUUUCGCUGAGUCGAGCUGCUGGUGUUGUUGGCGGCGGCGCCAUAUUGGAAGGGACGAGCCCCCGUUAGCGAGAAGCCCCUUGGCGCUGGCCCGGCCGCCGCCAUGCUGUAUCUGGAGGACUAUCUGGAGAUGAUCGAGCAGCUUCCCAUGGAUCUGCGCGACAGGUUCACCGAGAUGCGCGAGAUGGACCUGCAGGUGCAGAGGACAAAAAACCUUUAGAACUUGGAGUCCUGCCUGUCCCAUGCUGGAGAGCACAAGAACCUUGAUGAGAAUCCUACCAGAAUGCAAUUCUGCUUCUUGGAAGUUAAGAUGCAAUGGAUCAACUUGAGCAGAGGGUAAAUGAAUUUUUUAUGAACGCAAAGAAAAAUAAACCUGAAUGGAGAGAAGAACAAAUGACGUCUAUCAAAAAAGAUUAUUAUAAGGCUUUGGAAGAUGCAGAUGAAAAAGUACAACUGGCUAACCAAAUAUAUGACUUGGUAGACCGUCAUCUGAGAAAAUUGGACCAGGAACUUGCCAAAUUUAAAAUGGAACUUGAAGCAGAUAAUGCUGGAAUAACAGAGAUAUUAGAGAGGCGGUCUCUGGAGCUGGAUACACCAUCACAGCCUGUGAAUAACCAUCAUGCCCAUUCGCACACUCCAGUAGAGAAAAGGAAACACAAUCCAUCUUCUCACCAUAGUACAACAGAUCACGUUCCUGAGAAGAAGUUUAAAUCUGAAGCUCUCCUAUCUACUCUCACUUCAGAUGCUUCUAAAGAGAAUACACCAGGGUGUCGAAACAGUAAUUCAUCAUCCUCUUCAAACAAUGCAUACAAUACAAACUCUUCUCAACCAUUGGCAUCAUAUAACCUGGGCUCAUUAUCUUCAGGAUCUGGGGCCGGUGCUAUUACCAUGGCAGCAGCUCAAGCAGUGCAAGCCACAGCACAGAUGAAGGAAGGAAGAAGAACAUCCAGUCUAAAAGCCAGCUAUGAAGCAUUUAAGAACAAUGAUUUUCAAAUUGGAAGAGAAUUUUCACUAUCCAGAGAUUCAACUGGAUAUUCAUCAUCAGCUCUGGCAUCCACAUUAACACAGACGUUAAGUUCAUCAACCACAGAUUCACGAAGUGGCAGAAAAAGCAAAAACAACAACAAAUCCUCAAGUCAGCAGUCCUCAUCAUCUUCCUCCUCUUCCUCUCUAUCAUCAUGUUCUUCUUCAUCUGCAUUAGCACAAGAACUGUCUCAGCAAACAGCAGUAAUACCAGAGUCUGAUUCAAACAGCCAGGUUGACUGGACCUAUGAUCCAAAUGAACCACGUUACUGCAUUUGUAAUCAGGUGUCCUAUGGUGAAAUGGUAGGCUGUGAUAAUCAAGAUUGCCCUAUUGAGUGGUUCCAUUAUGGCUGUGUUGGACUGACAGAAGCACCAAAAGGGAAAUGGUACUGUCCACAGUGUACGGCUGCAAUGAAGAGAAGAGGCAGUAGACAUAAAUAAGCUUCUUCAUUUGGAAAACAAAUUACAUACUAAAGAUUUUAUAGAGGACUUGGUGGGGGGGGUGGGGAGGGAACGCACCACACUUCUUGCAACCACUUAAAGAAGGGUUAACAUAGCAGUCAUAAGAUCUUGGAACUAUUGAUUUUGCUAGUUGUGUUUUAAUAUUGUAAGCAAAUUAUUUAUGCACAUUGAUGUGCUACAGAUACUAUUCCAGUGAGCCUUGGAUUGUUCCAGUGGCUAACAUAUGCAGACAUUUGUACUCAAACCAUUUUCUCUAAGCAAUGGGCAUUCUACAAUAAUUCAGUCUUCAAAGAAUUCUCAUAAGUGAAGAUUUUAAAUGUAUGUUUUAUAUUCAACAGAUAUAUUCUGCUGCAUGUACUGUACUCAAGAGCUGUUAUGUAACAUUAUGUAUAUAAAUGGUGCAAAAAGUCAGUGCUUCUAAUAAGAAUAUAAGACAGUGGUUUUUAAAAUGCCUUUAUAGCUUUGGUUCUUUAUGAAACUUAAUUCAGCAGGCUGAAGAAAAUGGUUCUUGUAUACAGCGGGCUGUUGUCCUCUAGGGUACUUGAGUAUGUAAAAACAAAAAAAAAAUGCUGUAGAAUAAAACAAACUUGUGCCAUUAGUCUUUAUAUGUUUCUGCCCCAGACAAGGUGCAGGUCAUAAGAAGAAGAAAAAAAAAAGGUGUUAAAGUGAUGAUAAAUUUUUAUACCAAAUGUGUUUAUUUUUUUGUGCAAGUAAUCCUUUAAAUUUGAAUUGUAUUAGGUGUUAAAAUAAAACAAAAUGACCUUAA